AUGGAUGAUUCCUGCCUGGAUCUGUUUCAGCCAGAUGGAGAUGCGCAGGAUGCUCUGGAGCAGCAUGCAUGCUUAGAUUUGUUUGAGGACGUGGACGUUCAAGCAGCUCCUUCCUCACCACCCCCUGGCUCAGUAGUGAUACAAGUUGAUUCGCCACCUCAAAAGAGGCUCCGUGGUCAGCCCAGACAAAGCCUUGCCUCGAACGAGGCCAUUGUUGCGAGUGUGCGUGAGAGCGAGGCAUCAGCAGCUCGGAAGUUGAGCAAGAAUCGCCGCAAGAGGUGGUCCAACUCUGCCCGAUCAAAAGAUGAAGUUGAUGGUAAAGUGAGCAAGCAAACUCAAGAACGCUUGGACCGAAUGGCAAACCUUUGCGUAGCCUUUUUUGGAUCUGAUUCUUUGCGGGGGGCGAGAAGUCACAUUUCAACUCAGCUGGGCCUUCCGUUACAUACGGUGUUGGUGACCCAACACCGUUUGGCUGAAUUGGCUUUGCAAAGCCAAGAUGCCCAUGCAACUGCCUUGAUUGAACAUUUGAUCAGUGCUUGCGAAGACUGCAGUCGCUCGGAUAGGUCAUUGCAGCCACAGCUGUUUUGCCGGGUUAGGCAAUAUGAUGAAACGCCACUAACUUUGCGCAUCGGUCACCUCAGUUCAGAAGACAAACCACCCCUGCCGAUUCUGGAAGAUUCAACGCGGCGUAUUGGCAAAGGAAGGAAAACAAAGGAUGCGCAAACUUGCAAAUUAUUUCUGACAGAGUUGCGGUGGUGUGCGCUCUUUGUGGAAGAUGGAACCAGUGAUACUGAUAGAGUGACUGGAAUGCACUUAGAAUCUCAGUUGGUGUCUCCUUUGCAAGUUUUGGCAAGCAACACAGCAGAACUGAUGGCGGAGGCCCUUUUGGUUUCAGGCGCCAUGCGAUUGGAUGCCUUGGCAAAUUCGAAGUUUCAGCGUGUCCUCUCCAUCGUCACUACAGAUGAUCUGAGUGCCAACACUGCUGCUGAGAGAUUACUUUCAGAGCGAGAAAAAGAACUUUAUCCUGGUGUAGACUUUGGCAAACUACACCUUCCUUGUGAAGUACAUAAGUGUCACGGCAUUGCGAAAUCCAUGUUCCAGUUGUUGCCUGAUUUCACAUCAGGGUUGAUCAAGGCCGCCCUGGCAUUGCGAUCAGGGCACAUGCGGCAACUCAGACUGAUAGUGAAAGACUUGAUUCGUGACAAACUUCGCAUCUAUCGGGCCACACCUUCUUUCACUGGGUCUGACUCCAGCGCCUUCCGGGACCACAUGAUGAAGGUAUUUUUCUCUACCUGUACAAGUGCCGAGAAGGCAAGCGUGGUGAGCUUGUUCAACGGGGAUUGGUCAGACCCCGAAAUUCAACAUGUGUGUUUGGGCUGCUGUUCUUCCCGUGAGCAUACCAUUCACAAGAUGGAAACACUGGCCUUGCCAGUCUUUUUGUGGAGAGGGCCACGUGUGUUGCCACGCCACAAGUGGGUAGGCGCAGACGAUUCUUUGGAUUGGUUUGGUAGGCUUCUUGCUCUUCAUUCUUUGUUGCCAGAAGUCAUGCGCCGCUUGUUUGGCCCACGGGCCCAUGGACGUCCAUCCCAGGCUGGUGACACGGCAGAACCAGAGUCAGCGCUACUAGAAUCCAUAGAACAUGAAGCCUUUUCUGCUUUGGCUGCGUAUGAUGCCUCUCAAGGCCCCACUCAUGACGCAGAGGCAGAGGAUGACUACCGGGUAAUCUUCAAACGUUGGAGGCAGCAAGCCUACGAUUGGGCGUGCAAUUACAAGGACUUGCAAGGUGACCUUUUGUUUUCUCGCUUGGCCUUGGCUCCGCAGUGUGAGCUUAUGAACAAGCAGCUGUUCCUAGCCUCGGGCAAAUGGGAUGAGCAACAAUUUGCACAUGAGGCAGAGCAUGGCUCAAGAAUGUUUCGGGUGUUGGAAACACAUCAGAACGUUGCUGUGAGCAAAGCAAUUGAGCAGGUCAUUUCCAUUGCAAAGCAGGACUUCUUUUCCAACGUGCCUUGUGAGUUGUGGACAAUGCGGCAUUCACACCAGCUGUUCCGAUUGUUGAUGCGGGUGGGUGCAUCUGCUCACCAUUAUCUGUACCAGAGGCACAAGCGCUAUCCUUACAAACUGUUUGCUUUGCUGCAGGAGGAUGGAGAAGCAGUGAAACAAGCAGGGCAAGACAUCUUGCGUGACUUUCAGCAGCACCCUUGUACGCUUUGCGCGUUUUCAAUGUGGUUUUUGAAGCACGACAACCGCAGCUCUAGCCUUGAUGCCCUCAUUUCAAGAAGGUCGUUGUUAGAACUUGCUAGCAUUGCGACAGAGUGCGCAGUUGAUAUCUGCCACACAGAAUGUCAGCACGCAAGCAACAGACGCCUGGUGGAAGGCAAAAGCCUGCACACCUACCAGGCGGACUUGGCAGAGGCAUCGUCGCACUAUGUAGCCAGAGUGCUACGAUCCACAAGCUGGCGUGGAAUCAGAUCAGUCUUGCCCAAUCACAUGGCCCCAGACAAGGUGAGGGCCAAACCAGGCCCCAAAAAGAAAGAGAAGGUGAUAUCGAAUCACUACCAGAAAGCUAGAGCGCGAGGCCAACCAUUGAGAAGAGGGGGUGGUGAACGGUCGGUUUUUUUGUCCGAGCAAGGAGCUCUCUUUCCAGGCACACCAGAGGCAAAGCGCCAGCGGGCCUUGCUGGCGCAAAAAUACAAGGCUUUGCCUGAUGCUGAAAGGAAGCGGCUUCGAGACAAAGCGUUUAGUGUGCGACAAGCAAAGAAAUAUGGAGCGAAUCAACUGGUGAGACGCCUCAAGCCCAAGCGGCCAGCUUUGGCUUUGGCCGAUGCAGCGCAUGCUCAUGUCAACAUCUCUGGUGCUCCAGCAAUUUGUGACUCGCGCUCUUCUGACUUGAGCUUGGAAGCUGUGGUUCUUCAAGAGAAAGCCUUGGCCAAGCAGCUUCGUUCUCAGAAAAAUGCAGUGGAGUUGGCCAGGAUGAAGGACCUUGCGCAGGCAAACAUAUCCACUCUUCUGGGAGUGGUGGAGCCGGUGAAAAGGCAAAUCUUGACUUCGCCGAAAAAGAACGAGGGUGAGGCAGCAGAUUGGCAGCUUGGCAUUCCGGUGGCAGGUGAGGAUGUGGUGCCAAUUUCACCAUGUGUGCCGAUGGCACGAUCUUCGACCGCUCUCGAUGUGAGCGCCUCCUGCAUGAACUCCGCCUGGAAAAGGUUGAAGAAAUUGGAGGAGGGAAGUCAAGACGGGCGUCUCCAAUCCUUAGACAAAACAUGGGAGCAGAGGCAUGAUAUGAUAACUGGUAGCUCGUUUCAUCACACAAAGCCGCCUCCUGACAAGCACAAGCGGUGCCGCUGCGCUGGAGUUCCGUUCUGUCGAGGUUGGUUGGAGCCACUCCGAAAACGAUUCGCUGCAGCUAUCGUUGCCAUGUGCUCGUCCAGGGCAAAGCUCAAGGACAAGUUGGUAAAUGGCUUAUUGGUUUUGCAUUUGUCUGGAGUGCAAACCCAAGCGCUCCUAGAAGGCAAGACUUUGAGCGGUCAAAGUGUAGAGGCAGGGUUGGGCAUUUCAGAGCGGCGCCCAAGCGAGACCAUGUGGCUGCACAUAUCCUUUGUGUGGGGUGGCUUGAAACAAUUUUUCCCAGUCUUUGGUGUAUUGCAGCAGCCAAACAACUCUGCAGAGCAAGCCGGCUCACAUGUAGAUCUGACUUUUGACAGCAAGUUUGAAGACUUCUACGAACUUUUACAGAAGCUGGAUGUAAACAUGCAAUGGUCGGCUGAACUGUAUGAGUUGGUCAACUGCGAGAAAGUUGUGGGGAAUCUGGUUCCUGCUGUGUGUGUAGCCCAAAAAACCGAGUGCCCGCCCUAUGUUGCCUGGAAAGGCGCUUCUGCUUACCGUUCUGAAGGUGCGCGCCAACGCCCAGCAGCCGAGGGUCCACGCACUGCGAAAAGAAAUGCAAGCACUGCUCUGGAGUUGUUUUUGGAGGACGGCCAAGGCCAAGAGGACCAAACCAUGGCUGUUGAGGGAAACAGCGCUGAAACCCAGUCGCAUGCAAGUGUAGACCUAGAUGGAGAACAGGUGUAUGAAUUGGAGGAAGACUCAGAGAACGAUGUUGAUUUUGAUGCUUGGCAGUUACCAGCAGACGCUCCAGAAGUACCCAUCAGGGAAGAAGUUUUGAUGGAAGCUCUAGCUUUGGCAUUGGACGGUCAGGAUGAAACCUGUGACCUAGAGAGUGCAAGGGGUGGUGCUGGAGAGGAAGUGGCCACAGAAGCAGCCAUGCCCCCUCCUCCUGCCCCUUCUUCAGCAAGCCGCGCAGAAGAGAGAUUUCCAGAUUCUAUGUCGCUGUCAGACCUGGCAGCAGUGCCCCUAGAGGAGGUGCGCGGUGAGAGGGUGGAAACACAUAGGCGGGAGGGCCCAAGGCAAAGCCAUGAAGGGCUACCUAUUCGAGGUGAAGAUGGAGGUAACUUCAUCACACACAUUAAGCACAAGCCCCAGGCGAAUGAUGUCUUUAUCCGGUGCCCAAAGCAUCCUUCGUGCUUCAAGACGAAGACGCUCAAUGCGUCUGACCGGUCUCUGGCGCAAGGUAGACCCCUUGCGUUCCUCAUGGCCUGGGCAUGGGAGGCGGAUUCCCAUCCCAACAAAUCAGAACACAUCAGGCUGUGCAAGCCUAGCUUCGAGAAGAGAAAGAAAGCUCGACAGAUGUUGAAAGAGGAGAGUAACAGUGGCACCUUCUUAGACUUGGAACGGCCACCCAGAGAAGGUGAAGGUUCCGAGCCCGAAAACUGUCCAUAG